AUGCAGUUCAGCUACGUCAGGAGUCGUUACCCCAACCUUGAGACUCUGUGUCUAGUGCAGUUCAGCUGUCGAUGCCAAGCGAGCGAGGUCAAAGAUAACUACAGCCUGCCCCUUGAGCGUGUCUUUUUCCAAUUCACCGAGGCCGUCAUUCACCACGACAACAGGCUCGACAUUCUCAAGACUGCCAACAGCAGCUCUCGACAGCGCCAGCAUCACCUCCCGUCCUGGGUCCCAGACUACACCAGCCCUGGAACUGUUGGGGCCCUUUCUUGCACCGGGUGGUCGCAACCGAGUCAUGCCAAGCGCGGUAAGCCCUUCCCUUGCACCCUCCGCACGACAAACGGCGCGCAAUCGACCCUUGUCCUCGAGGACUUUCCCGAAGCGGCCCCUGUUCGGGCCUGGAGUUCCGCGAAGGCGGCACCGUCCUGCUAUCAACGGGCAAGCCGCUCGACACGAUCCGGAGCGGUCGGCCCGCCGCUCCUCAACGAGCCGAAUAUUAUUCCCGGGCCGGCGGAAUUUGCCCAAGUCCUGUGGCCCUGGGAGUCGCUGGCCGUUGCGGUGAUGGAUAGCUUCGAAGGGCGCCUCGACGACUCGUGGGGAGAAGGAUACGCCCAGCAAUUCGAGCUAGCCUGCUACGGCCGGUGCUUCUUCACGACCGAGGGCGCCACCAUGGGGACUUGGGAUCCCGGGUGCACAGCUCGGCGACCAAAUUGCCUUCAUCCCCAGCGCAGACUGGCCUCUGUUGUUGCGGCCUUGUGGCAGUGUUGGCGGAGGCGCGGUGGAGUGGACUCUUGUGGGAGAUUGCUAUCUUUAUGGGCCGGAACCUUUUGGGUUGUUUGA